ACUAGACUCUGCGGGACAUGUGUCUUUUAGUAGCAGGAAUGGGCACUGAUUAAAAUGGUUUAGUGUUGUCUUCAUCAGGGUUGACUGAGAACGGUUUGAGAAGCUGUAGAGUGGUAGAUUGUGGCAGAAGUUCAGCUGGGUUUCUGAAAAAGGCACUCCGUUGACAGCUUUUCAUGGCUAUCAUGGAGAUUAGUGUUUGGAAAGGUCUUAUUUUAGCCCUUUUCUUCUUUGCUGUUGAAGGGCAGAAAUUGCCACCAAUUGCUGUUGAUAGACCAAGAUCAGAGCCGUUUGCUGUUGAUGGACAGAGAUCAGGGCCAUUGUUCUUGGUGACCGUUCCUGCAGUGAUCGAGUCUGGCUCCAUUGCCAAAUUGUGUACAAUUCUCCUGAAACCCAACGAGAGUCUCACAAUGACCGUUUCACUGCUUGAUAACAAAAACAGGACAACUCAUCUUGUGCAGCAGAGCUCUGCUUCUGCAGCAAUUUACCGCUGCUUUCGCUUCAAGGCACCUUGUGUUGAUGUGCAGUCUGUGUGGACUCUGAAUGUGGUAGUCAAAGGGAGGUUCUUCGAAUUGACUGAAGAGAGGAAAGUCAUGUUCAGACGUUACCAGCCUUUGACCUUCAUUCAAACUGACAAACCCAUUUACAAUCCAGGACAAACUGUGAAUUUCCGAGUUGUAACUAUGGAUGACAAAUUUGUGCCUCUUGAUCAAAUGUACAGUCUGGUUGUUGUGGAGGACAAUCAAAGUAACAGGAUUGGUCAGUGGACCAAUAUUUCCUCAACCGGGUGGAUAUUGCAGCUUUCUCAUGGCUUAAACCCUGAGGCUCAGGUUGGCAUGUAUACAUUGAGGGCUUUUAUUGGUGACCAAAUGACCUCCCAGGUUUUUGAGGUGAAAAAAUAUGUUUUACCCAAGUUUGAUGUCACUGUAAGUGCACCGGAGAUGUACAGUGUUGGAGAUGUGGGGCUGAAGAUUGAGGUUUGUAGCAAAUACACAUACGGGCAGCCUGUACCUGGUCAAGCAUUGGUGGAAGUGUGUCGUGAGCCAUAUCCAUACAUUAUGGUUCCUGGGGUGACUCGUCUGUGCUUUAAUAAAACAGCUGAGAUGAAUGGCACAGGCUGUGUCUCCCUCACCCUUAGUACAUCAGUGUUUUUCACCACGACAUUUGAAAAUAAUCUGCAAGAUGUGUUUCUUAUUACGGCGAAUGUCACUGAGGAGGGAACAGAUGUAGUGACGUCAAAAUCUACAACAGUAUCUAUUACAUUUGAAGUUGGUAAAGUCACAUUUUUGGAGCUCCCAGAGUUCUUUCUCCAUGGAUCAAUAAUUAACGGAAAGGUCUCAGCAUCUUUUUUCAGUGGGAAUCCAAUCGUAAGCAAGGCAGUCUAUAUCCUGGAUUCAAGCCAAUGGCCCAACAAACUGCUGCUGAAUUUGACGACAAACCAGAAUGGACUGGCUGCUUUUUCUCUCAAUACUGCUGAUCUACCUAAAGCUGACCUUAUCCUAGUGGCAAGUGCAACUUCAGAAGUUGUUUAUGGUUACAGAUCACCAUACUUCAGUUCAGAUACAAAAACAGUUGCACUCCUCCAACCUGCUAGCCCAUACAGCCCAACGUUUAGUGAACUGACAAUAGCGAAGCUUGAGCAGCCGCUGAAAUGUGGCGUCAGGUACCCAGUGACCAUCAAGUACUCGUUUGUUGGAGAGACUGGCAACUACAACGCUGAUAUCAUCUAUAUGGUCCUGUCCAAAGGAGUUAUUAUCCUUUAUGGAAUUCAGAGGGUUCAAGCAUGGGCUUAUAAUACCAUCACAAGUGGUAGGAUGUUAUUCCGGCUGCCUGUCAGUGUGGAUAUGCCUCCAGCAGUACAGAUUCUGGUCUUCUGCAUUCUACCCAGUCAGAAUGUAGUUGCUGCUAGUGCAUCGUUUGACACAGAACUGUGUUUCCAAAAUAAGGUGUCUCUGCAGUUUGCUCCUGCUACAGCUGUUCCUGGUGAGGGGAGUGUUUUGAAGCUCUCUGCUCAAGCAGGAUCUCUGUGUGGCCUCAGUGCUAUUGAUCAGAGCGUCCGGAUCAUGGAGCCAGGAAGACGUCUAAGUGCUCAAGCGGUUUUCAGCUUGCUUCCAGUGCAAUCGCCGCCAUAUCCAUUUGAUGUUGAGGAUGAACUCAAGUGCCUGAGUGUUCGACCCCGUCGAGCAGUUCCUACUGACCAGGCUUAUGAUGCUUUUAAGAAUGUGGGGCUGAAGAUCGCAACAAAUCUGCCAGUCCGAGAACCUCAGUGCCUGAUGUACAGAGGCCUGAAUUACUAUCGCAACUACUUCUAUGGUGUUGGCCGUCCUAUAGCCUUUCUAAAACCUGAAGUAGCUCUGGCUGGAGCCGCAGACAGCAGAGAGAGCAGUUCCCCUCCUCCUAUCACGACUGUCAGGUCUUACUUUCCAGAAACAUGGAUCUGGCAACUCGCUCAUGUGGGACACACUGGAUCUACACAAGUUCCCCUCACAGUUCCUGACACAAUCACCACAUGGGAAACGGAGGCAUUCUGUCUGUCCUCCAGAGGUUUUGGUUUAGCUCCUCCUGUUAAUCUGACAGCCUUCCAGCCCUUCUUCCUGGAGCUCUCCCUGCCUUAUUCCAUCAUCCGUGGGGAGACUUUUGAGCUGAAGGCCACAGUCUUCAACUAUCUUUCCAAGUGCAUCAUGGUUAAAGUAACUCCAGAUACAUGUUCGGCCUACACUCUUUUACCGUCAACUGAGCUGUAUUCUUCCUGUCUGUGUGCCAAUGGUAGAAAAACCUUCAAGUGGGUCCUCUUGGCCUCUGUUCUUGGAGCUAUAAAUGUGACAGUCAGUGCUUCAGCUGAACAAUCCCAGAGUCUUUGUGGCACUGAGGUUGUGACUGUGCCGGAGAGAGGACGCAUUGAUAUAGUGACUCGAAGUCUCCUUGUUCUACCUGAAGGAGUUGAGAGGACAAAUGCUCAGAGUUGGUUACUGUGUCCGAAGGGAAGUGUUCUUUCUGAAGAUGUGACUCUGACAUUUCCAACAGAUGUGAUCCAGGGAUCAGCCAGAUGCUCUGUUUCAGUCCUUGGGGAUGUAAUGGGCAGAGCACUAAAGAAUCUGGAUGGGUUAUUACGCAUGCCAUCUGGCUGUGGAGAGCAGAAUAUGAUUGUUCUGGCUCCCAAUAUUUACAUCCUGCAGUACCUGGAAGUCACGGGCCAACUCACCGCAGCCAUUCGACAGACUGCCACUGGUUACCUUCAAAAUGGAUAUCAAGGGCAGCUGAACUACAGGCACAGUGAUGGUUCAUACAGCACAUUUGGUUAUGAUGAAUCCAAUACAUGGUUGACUGCCUUUGUCAUGAGGUCUUUUGGUCUUGCGACACACUUCGUAUUCAUCGAUCCGAAUGUCCUUCAGAGUGCAAAGGACUGGCUGAUAAGCCAGCAAGGCUCAAAUGGAUGUUUCAUGCAACGGGGGACUUUAUACCACAGUGACAUGAAGGGUGGAGUUGACGAUAACGUGACCAUGACUGCUUACAUCACUGCAUCAUUGCUUGAACUCAAAGUACCGGUCACGGAUCCAGUCAUCACCAAUGCUCUGUCGUGUUUGAGGCCUGUCGUUGGGAACCUGGGAAACACUUACGCCACUGCUCUACUCGCCUAUGCCUUCAGUUUGGCAGGAGAGACCAGCACUACAGCACAGCUUUUAACCAUCUUGAACAACCUUGCCUUUUCUCAAGGCACUAAGCUCCAUUGGUCUCAGAGUACGUUUAGUGAUACUCUGGCGGUGGAGAUCAGCUCUUAUGUGCUGCUGGCGGUUCUUUCUGUAAAGCCUCUCACAACGGCUACUCUGGGUUACGCUAACCGCAUUGUCAACUGGCUCGUGGCUCAGCAGAAUCCUUAUGGAGGCUUUUCCUCAACCCAGGACACAGUGGUGGCUCUUCAGGCUCUGUCGCUGUAUGCCACUCAAGUAUUCAGCUUGCAGGGCUCCAGCGUUGUUAUCGUGCAGUCCUCGUUGGUAGGUGGAGAUGUUUAUAACUUUUAUGUGACUCAGGACAAUAGGCUGCUGUAUCAGGAGAAGCCACUGAAGAACAUUCCAGGCACAUACACUGUUCAAGCAACCGGAUUCUCCUGUGUGUCUGUGCAGAUUGCAUGUUUCUACAACAUCCCAACGCCCAUUAAAUUAGCCAGUACAUUAAGUGUCGAUGCAAAGGUGACUGGAGACUGCCAACUGCUUGGAACCAAUCUUAUGUUAAGCUUUGCUGUGAAAUACGAUGGCCCAAAGCAGAGUACUAACAUGGUUAUAGUGGACAUUAAGCUACUGUCAGGUUUUAUAGCAGAUACUUCUCCGCUUGGAUCUCCACCUAAUUCAUUUGUCCCAGUGGUAGCGAGAGUUGACGUCAAAGGUGAUCAUGUCCUGGUGUAUCUAAAAGAGGUUCUCAAAGGCCUUGCCAUGACUUACAAUCUGGUGCUAAAACAGGUUCUUGCUGUGGAAAGUCUCAAGCCAGCAGUUAUCAAUAUUUAUGACUAUUAUCAGCCAAGUGAUUCAUUUGAGACCACAUACACAUCUCCCUGUCCAUGAUUUGAUUGGAGUAGGACUCAACAUUCAAAUAAAGCUGCUUUUCAUGCA